AUGGGCAUUGGCAGUGUCCCGAUCCUGCUCUUAUCAUCGUUGAUCGUGUGGAAGAUGUGUUUCCGUCAGGCCGCGAAGACACAGCCGGACUUGGCAGGUGGAGCUUUGGCCGUGGUCAUCGGUGGGAAAGCGACAUUGCACUCGGACAGUAAGGAGCUGGUGGUUCCGCUGAACGAGAUGGCGCUGAACAGCCUUCCAAAGUACUGGACUGGAUGCCGGGAGAGCGGAAACGAUGAAGUCAACGUCAGGGAUGACUUGGGCUUCGACGAGCUUAUGUAUGUUAAGCACGAGCGCAUGAAAUUCUUUCAGGAGCAGGUUAACCAAACGUACCGCAAGAUAACGACGCAAGAUCGUUUAUGCCCGACGGCCAAGCACGACAAGACCAAGGGUUACCAGAUCAAGCGUGUCAUCCGCGUGGAAGACUCUGCAAUGUUCUCUCGCUACAUGGAUAGACGGGACCAGAUCAAAAGGUCGCGUUCGUCUUGUGAAGCUCCGGACCCUGAGAUUUUCACACGCGCCGCCAUGGAAGCCUCCAAUGGGUUGACUGAAGUUCUCAGCGAUGUCGAUGACGGCAUCAACGAGGUUUACCUCUGGCACGGAACGCAAGUUCGAGCCGGUCUGGCGAUUGCGAAAGCGGAUUUCAGCCUCAAUUUCGCCGGCUCGGGCGCUGGCACGAUGUAUGGGAAGGGCUUCUACUUCUCGGAGAGCUGCACCAAGGCCGACGAGUAUGCCACGGAUGAGCCAGGUGGUCACUACGACGGCGUGAGGGGCUUGCUCUUGUGCCGCGUCUGCCUGGGCAACUUCUACUACACCUUGGAUCGCGAGUCGUCUGCCAUUGACAAGUACACCAAUGGCGAGGUUGACAGUACAAUCGGCGACCGUGCAAAAGCCGUGAACACUUAUCGAGAGAUGGUCGUGUACGAUCGCGACCAGGUGUAUCCAGAAUACUUGAUCCUCUACGAGCGCCUUUACAGGGGUGAGACACCCCAGCUGCCACCGAAGGAUGUGCCCUUCUUGCUGGAGCUGCCGCUGUAUUGGAGGAAUGUCGGCCGCAAUCCGUACACAGAGUGCUUCCGAGAACAUUGGAUGGUGAAGCCAACGAUCCGCGAGCUCAUUCAACGCUUGGCCAAUGGUUCAUGUGGGGGAGACGCAGCAGCUCCUAAGGUGCUCCGUGCCAGGCGCAUCGAGGACUCAUUCCUUUGGUGUCGCUACAUCGACAGGAAGCGAUCUUUAGGCGCACAGCUCCAGGCCAAUGGAGAUCUCAAGUGUGCACCUCCAAACGAGCUGGACGGGAAUCCGGAAUCUGGCCAUGCGCUGACAGCGACGAUCUUAUCAGAGUUCCACGGCGACGAGGCCAUCUCCGUAGAGAAUAUGGCGCCAGGAUUGAACGAGACACUUCUCUGGCAUGGCACCUCGCAGCAGGCAGCGGACGCCAUCAGUGAAAUAGGCUUCGAGGUCAAGACGAGCGGCACACAUGGUCGUCGUUUUGGCCAUGGGGUUUACCUCGCAGAGGACUUGAGCAAAAGCCUCAGCUAUUGCACUUCAAGUGGCAACGUGAAAUAUGUUUUACUCUGUCGGGCAGUCUGUGGCCACAUGCACUACACCGAGGAGAAGUCGCAUCCGGAUGCGACGAGCGAAGCUGCAAAACUGGGCAAGCACUGCGUAUUGGCGAAUCCAGAACGUUCAGGCCUCAGAGAGUAUAUCGUCUUGGAGACGGGACAUGUGUAUCCGGAGUACAGUGUCGAGUUCGAAGAUUGA